AUGUCUGAAGCUAAGCCCCAGAUCUUGGACUCUAUUCUUGAUCAGAUUGGCAAUACUCCUCUGGUCAGACUCAACAAAAUUCCCCAGUCUUUGGGAAUCGAAGCCACGUUUUUGGCCAAGGUUGAGCUUUUCAAUGCUGGCGGUUCUGUCAAGGACCGCAUUGCCAAGCGAAUGGUUCUAGAGGCAGAGAAGGAUGGGACUCUUAAGCCUGGCUACACACUGAUUGAGCCAACUUCUGGUAACACUGGUAUUGGUCUUGCACUUGUUGGUGCCGUCCGUGGUUACCGUACCAUCAUCACACUUCCCGAAAAAAUGUCUAAUGAAAAGGUUUCUGUUCUUAAGGCUCUUGGUGCUGAAAUUGUGCGUACUCCUACUGAGGCUGCCUGGGACUCUCCGGAGUCGCACAUUGGAGUUGCUAAGCGCCUUCAAAAGGAAAUUCCCAACGCUGUGAUUUUGGACCAGUAUGGCAAUGUCAACAAUCCCCUUGCCCAUGAAUACGGCACUGGUGAAGAAAUCUGGGAACAGACUGGUGGUAAGAUUGACUACCUUGUUGCUGGUGCCGGUACUGGUGGUACUAUCACCGGUAUCGCCAAGGCUCUCAAAAAGCACAACCCCGCCAUAAAGGUUAUUGGUGCCGACCCUAAGGGUUCCAUUCUUGCUUUGCCCGAGACCCUUAACGGUGACAUUGAGUCUUACCAAGUUGAAGGCAUUGGCUAUGACUUUGUCCCCGAUGUUCUUGACCGUAACACUAUUGACGAGUGGGUCAAGACUGAAGACCGUGAGUCGUUUUUGCUUGCACGCAGACUCAUUAAAGAAGAAGGUAUUCUUGUGGGUGGUUCCAGUGGUUCUGCUCUUGCGGCUGCCAUCCGCAUUGCUAAAGAAAAGAAGCUCACUAAAGAUGAUGUUGUCGUUGUUGUGCUCCCUGACUCAGUGCGCUCCUAUCUUACCAAGUUUAUUGACGACGACUGGAUGAAGUACAAUGGCUUUUUGGAUGCUGAGACUCUUGCCGAACAAGCCAACAAGAAAAAGCAGUACAAGGGUGCUACAAUUGCUGACCUCAACCUUAAGCCUGUUGUUGCCGUUAAGACCAAACAGCCCGUUGCCACUGCCAUUGAGAUUUUACAGAAGAAUGGUUUUGACCAACUUCCCGUUUUAACUGAAUCAGGAAAGCUGGCUGGUCUUAUUACCCUUGGUAAUCUGCUUUCAUAUCUUUCUUCUGGUCGUAUUACUACUAGUGCACCUGUCGAAGAUGCUAUGAUUGAUUUCCGCAAGCUUCACGAGUUUACCUCCAAUCCUGCCGAAUCUGCAGUCAACAUUGGCACUGCCACUCCUAUUCCAGCUGCCCAGCAAAAGACCUCCCAAAAGAAGACCUUUGCCGAAAUUACCGUUGAUACCCCUCUGUCGGCCCUAUCAAGAUUCUUUGAGCACAAGUCAUCAGCCAUUGUUACUGAGCGUGAUGGCAACACUCAUAAGCCCGUUCACAUUGUGACCAAGGUGGAUUUGCUGGCUUAUUUGGCCAAGCACAAUUAA